AUGACAUCGACGGGGAAGGACGGCGGCGGGGCGCAGCACGCGCAGUAUGUGGGGCCCUACCGGCUGGAGAAGACGCUGGGCAAGGGGCAGACAGGCUUGGUGAAGCUGGGAAUCCACUGUGUCACUUGCCAGAAGGUUGCCAUCAAAAUCGUCAACCGUGAGAAGCUCAGUGAGUCGGUGCUGAUGAAGGUGGAGCGUGAGAUUGCCAUCUUGAAGCUCAUCGAGCACCCACAUGUCCUGAAGCUGCAUGACGUCUAUGAAAACAAAAAAUAUUUAUACCUGGUGCUAGAACAUGUAUCCGGGGGAGAGCUGUUUGACUACCUGGUGAAGAAGGGCCGGCUGACCCCCAAGGAGGCCCGCAAGUUCUUCCGGCAGAUCAUCUCUGCACUGGACUUUUGUCACAGCCACUCCAUAUGCCAUAGAGACUUGAAGCCAGAGAACCUGCUGCUAGAUGAGAGGAACAACAUCCGUAUUGCAGACUUUGGCAUGGCAUCCCUGCAGGUGGGAGACAGCCUGCUGGAGACCAGCUGUGGAUCUCCACAUUAUGCCUGUCCGGAAGUGAUUCGGGGCGAGAAGUAUGAUGGCCGCAAGGCAGAUGUGUGGAGCUGUGGUGUGAUCCUGUUCGCCUUGCUGGUGGGGGCUCUGCCCUUCGAUGAUGACAACCUGCGGCAGCUGCUGGAGAAGGUCAAGCGCGGUGUGUUCCACAUGCCACACUUCAUCCCACCCGACUGCCAGAGUCUCCUGCGCGGCAUGAUUGAGGUGGACGCAGCUCGGCGUCUCACGCUAGAGCACAUUCAGAAACACAUAUGGUAUAUAGGUGGCAAGAAUGAGCCAGAGCCAGAACAGCCCAUCCCACGGAAGGUGCAGAUCCGCUCACUGCCCAGCCUGGAAGACAUUGACCCUGAUGUGCUGGAUAGCAUGCACUCACUGGGCUGCUUCCGAGACCGCAACAAGCUGCUGCAGGACCUGCUAUCUGAGGAGGAGAAUCAGGAAAAGAUGAUUUAUUUCCUCCUCCUGGAUCGGAAAGAACGGUAUCCCAGCCAUGAAGAUGAGGACCUGCCCCCCAGGAAUGAGAUAGACCCUCCCCGGAAGCGCGUGGAUUCCCCGAUGCUGAACCGGCAUGGCAAGCGGCGACCUGAGCGCAAGUCCAUGGAAGUGCUCAGUGUGACAGAUGGUGGCUCCCCAGUGCCUGCACGGAGAGCCAUUGAGAUGGCCCAGCAUGGCCAGAGUAAAGCAGUGUUCAGUAAAAGCCUGGAUAUCGCUGAAGCCCAUCCCCAAUUCAGCAAAGAAGACAGAUCUCGAUCCAUCAGUGGUGCCUCCUCAGGCCUUUCUACAAGUCCACUCAGCAGUCCUCGGGUGACCCCUCACCCCUCACCAAGGGGUAGUCCCCUUCCUACCCCCAAAGGGACGCCUGUCCACACGCCAAAGGAGAGCCCAGCUGGCACACCCAACCCCACACCACCAUCCAGCCCUAGUGUUGGAGGAGUGCCCUGGCGGACACGACUCAACUCCAUCAAGAACAGCUUCCUGGGCUCACCUCGCUUCCACCGCCGGAAACUGCAAGUUCCCACGCCAGAGGAGAUGUCCAACCUGACCCCAGAAUCCUCUCCAGAGCUGGCCAAGAAAUCAUGGUUCGGGAACUUCAUCAACCUGGAGAAGGAGGAGCAGAUCUUUGUGGUGAUCAAGGACAAGCCCCUGAGCUCCAUCAAGGCUGAUAUCGUUCAUGCCUUCUUAUCGAUCCCCAGCCUCAGCCACAGCGUUAUUUCCCAGACAAGCUUCAGGGCUGAAUACAAGGCCACAGGGGGCCCAGCAGUGUUCCAGAAGCCGGUCAAGUUCCAGGUGGACAUCACCUACACUGAGGGUGGAGAGGCCCAGAAGGAGAACGGCAUCUACUCUGUCACAUUCACUUUACUCUCAGGCCCCAGUCGCCGCUUCAAGAGAGUGGUGGAGACCAUCCAGGCCCAGCUGCUGAGCACCCAUGACCAGCCGUCAGCCCAGCACCUGUCAGGAAUUAUCCCGAAAAGUUAACAUGUCACCUCCACGAGGCCAUCCUCUGUGCUGCGUGUGGACACUGGCUGACCGAAGGCAGCUGCUGCGGACCACCCUCCUCCUCCUGCUGCUGCUGCUGCUGCUGGGCAGAGGCUAGCCCACUGUCCACCACCUCUGCCUGUUCCCUGGCAGCUCCGCAUGGCCCAAGGGAGGAGGGCCUGCUGCCCAGGGGAUUCCUCUUCUAGCCCAGCCACCCUGGACUCCCAGUGACCAGAUCCUCGGCAGGGACAACCUGUCCACCAUCUUCC